CAAGAGCCAAAUCCACAGCCAGACUGACUACGUAACAGCUUACUUGAUUUAUCACAUGGAAGGAAUGCUGAUCAACAAUAACCUAAUGAUCAUAGACACUCCAGGAUUUUGUGAUACAAGAAGUAUUGAGUACCAGAAUCGCGUGACUGAACGUUUGUCCUCUUUUUUGUUGAAUGACUUUGGAAUUGAUAAUCUGCACUGCAUUGGGCUGGUCGCCAAAGCUAAUCAGAACAGAAUUUCAAGAGUCCAGCUCAAUAUCCUGAACGCUUUCUCCUCACUGUUAUCGCAUGACGUCACUCCCAUAACGAAACUUUUGGCUACAUUUGCCUGUGAUGAUAAUCACGUACACGAAGUUGUGAAAACUGCUGGCAUUAAUUUUAGUAGCGUAUAUGAGUUUGAUAAUUGGCCUCUUUACAUAACACGCAAUAACACUGAUCGUAGGUCAAGCCUUAAUCACGAAUACAGAUGGGACAACAUGCAGGAGGAGCACUUACGAUUUCUGAAAGAGUUAAGUGCAGUGCCUCCAGUAAGCCUCAAAAACACUCGGCAGCUCCAAGCGGAGCGAAGGCUUCUUGCAGAGACCAAAGCCAUACUGAAGGAUGAAGUCAAACGCGCAGCUUCUUUGGCACGAGCUCACGGUAAACUGAAAAGAGAAAUGAACAAACUCCUAGAUGAAGCGGAGAACAUUAAGUGGAAAUACAAUGAAAAGAAUGUUACUAUUGACAGACGUAAAGUUGAGCGUGGUUUUCACACACACAACUGCGAGAUUUGCGUGAAGACCUGCAAAACCUGCAAGAACCCCUCAAACAUCAAGGCUGGGAUCGUGGGAACAACCACGGGCGUGGGAACUGGCGUAGCAACAGGUAUUUUCUCUGCCUUGAUAAGCGGAGCGGUAAUUGGGGCCGAAGUCGGGGUAUUAGGUGGUCCAAUAGGCGCAGCUGUAGGGUCUUCGAUCGGUGCAGCAAGUGCUUUGACCUUUGGCCUUAUUGCAGGAAUCAGGAGUAGGAAAACAAAGUUUGAAUGUCCGCUUGUAUCUUGGGAUAUAACGUGUAAGGCAAGUGGAUGUUUGCAUAAGAUGUCAGAACACGAAGUAGGAAGUUAUUCAAUAACUGAAUCAGAAAACUGGACUGAGAAGAUUGAUUUCUUGUCAAAAGCUAAAUAUGAUGAAUUAGUUAAACAAAGUCGCAAAACAGAGAGUCUAAUAAAAGAAAACGAGGAGAAAAUUCAUGGUUGUAGAGAGUACUUGACAAAAUUAGCGGUGAAAGUUGUGAACCACAUCAAAACAAUAAGAAAGUUGAGCAUGGAAUCCGAUUCACUUACCCAAGAAAAGUUCCUUGAGGAGACGAUUGCAGAGGUGAAAGAUCUGGAGGAAGUUAGGAUCCUGAGAAUAAUUUUUGCGGCUGUGGACUCACUAGACAGUGACAUGGAGAAAGGUUUUUAUUUGCAGGACAUUUCAGGCCAACUGAAUUAAAGUAGCACAAGAACUUAGUUGUUUUUAUUUCAACGAGAAUGGAUACUGAUUGCAUUGCAGUAAUUAAUUAGACACUGCCUCCUAUUUUGAAAUGUAAUAGUGAAAAGAAGUUCUUAAAAAAGAUAUUAAAUGUAUUAAUGCGAAGAGCGGAUAGCCUGCUCUUAACGUUAGAAAAAUGUAUAGAUGAUUAGAUUUCAAAUGUACUACAGCAUUAUAGCGUCUCAAGAGUCUAAACGAGUACUGCAGAUUUCCUCUCAAGUGUGAUUGUAAUUUCAAGAAAUUUAAAUAAUUUCUUCUAUAUGACGUGUUUUUUUUUUUUUCUUUCUUUAUCAUCAUCAUCAAGGAGCAUUUGGGUAUUUCUUGCUAUGAUCGGCAGGAUUUAGUUAAACAAUGUGCUGAUGUAUAUAGUAGAAUAAAAACUGGUAUAUU